AUGAGUGAAUGUUUAAAAAAUAAAAAACCAGAUGAUAAAUGCAUGGAAUAUGCUAUUAUUUCACAUAACAUUAAUUUGGUUUCAUUCUUGAUGCACGAGCACAAUUUACAUAUUAAUUUAUAUUGUUGUGGAAAAUAUAAUAAUCUUGAAUCAUUUUUUGUUUAUUAUGUUCAAACUAAUGAUAUUAACGAAUGUUUUGCUUUUUCAACGAUGUUUAAUAUUCCAUUCCUGUGGGAAAUUUUCCUCUCAAAUGGUGCAAACAUAAAUGUAAGAACAGCUCUUUUUGUUUUUGAAGCUAAUAAUAAUAAUAACUUACAUAGUGAAACUAUCGAGAAAAAAGCUGAGGAAGGAAUAACUGCUCUUCAUUAUGCAGCAAUUAAUAAUAGUCAAGAAACAGCCAAAUUUCUUAUAUCUCAUGGUGCAAAUAUCAAUGAAAAAGCUGAGAAAGGAAAAACUGCUCUUCAUUAUGCAGCAAUUAAUAAUAGUCAAGAAACAGCCAAAAUUCUUAUAUCUCAUGGUGCAAAUAUCAAUGAAAAAGAUGAUGAAGGAAGAACUGCUCUUCAUUAUGCAGCAAUUAAAAAUAGUCAAGAAACAGCCAAAAUUCUUAUAUCUCAUGGUGCAAAUAUCAAUGAAAAAGCUGAGAAAGGAAAAACUGCUCUUCAUCUUGCAGUAUAUUAUGAUAGUAAAGAAACAACAAAACUCCUAAUCUCACGUGGUGCAAAUUUCAAUGAAAAAGAUGAUGAAGGAAGAACUGUUCUUCAUUAUGCAGCAAUAAGGUCAAAUUCCCGACGAUAG